AUGCAGCAGCUGUUCCAUGAAAACUAUGAACACAACCGGAAAGGUUAUAUACAGGAUCUUCACAACAGCAAAAUUCACACAGCAAUUACACUUCAUCCAAAUAAAAGGCCAGCCUAUCAGUAUAGACUUCAUAAUUAUAUAUUGGCCCGUAAAAUAUCAGAAUUACGUUACCACACCAUACAGCUUCAUAGAGAGAGUGCCCUCAUGAGUAGGCUCAGUAACACUGAAAUCAGCAAAGAUGAUCAACUUCUGGGAAUGAUGCCAUCUUUUAACCGCUUCCAGCCACAUGACAGGAAUGAAAUAAUUGAAUGGGAGUUUCUGACUGGAAAGCUGCUUUACUCUAUGGCUGAGAAUCAACCACCCAGACAGAACAUUAAUAGUGUCCUGCGGGCAGCACUGGAUGACACUGUAAUGCAGGUAAUGGAAAUGAUCAAUGAGAACUCUAAAUCCAGAGGGAGGCUUAUUGACUUCAAUGAAAUACAGUAUGGGUACCGCAGGAUUGACCCUUUGCAUGGUGUGGAAUACAUUCUGGAUUUGUUGCUUUUAUACAAAAGGCACAAAGGAAGAAAAGUUACUGUUCCAGUUCGGCGGCAUGCUUACCUUCAGCAAUUAUUUAGUAAACCUUUUUUCAAAGAAGAAAGUGAUCUUGAUGUGGUCAGUCUUGUAGAAAACUUGAAUAGCGCCACACAGUCUUUCUCCUUCCUUUCUAAUUCCUUGAAGAUGUUUUCAUCAUUUCAAGGUGCCAAAGAAAUAAGAACAUACGGUGACAAAAAAAUUCACAUUCUAGUCCCUCUCACAGGGAGGUACGAUAUUUUCUUAAGAUUUAUGGAGAACUUCGAAAAGACCCUUCUUCUCUCCAAGCAGAAUGUACAUCUGGUAGUUAUCCUCUUCAGUUCUGAUUCUGGUCAGGAUUCCAGUAAACACAUAGACCUGAUUAAUGAAUAUCAUCAUAAAUAUCCUAAGGCAGGCAUAACAGUAAUUCCAAUGACAGGUGUUUUCUCUAGAGGGUUAGGUCUUGAAAUGGCCUCCUCCAAGUUUGACAAUGACACUUUGCUGCUAUUUUGUGAUGUUGACCUUAUAUUUACCCCAGACUUUCUCCAGCGGUGUCGAGCUAACACUAUUCAAGGGCAACAAGUUUAUUAUCCUAUUAUUUUCAGUCAGUACGAUCCCAAAGUAACAUAUGGGGGUAACCCUCCAAUGGACAGUAACUUUGUUUUUACAAAGAAAACUGGGUUUUGGAGAGACUAUGGGUUUGGGAUCACUUGCAUUUACAAAAGUGACCUUGUAAGGGCUGGUGGAUUUGACACCUCAAUUCAAGGUUGGGGACUUGAAGAUGUAGACCUCUUUACUAAAGUAAUAACUUCUGGACUGAAGGCUUUUAGAAGCCAAGAAGUAGGCGUGGUGCAUGUUUUUCAUCCAGUUCAUUGUGAUCCCAACCUAGAUCCUAAACAAUACAAGAUGUGCUUAGGAUCCAAAGCAAGUACAUUUGCCUCUGCCAUGCAACUAGCUGAGAUAUGGCUAGAAAAACAUUUAGGUGUCAGGUAUAAUCAAACUCUUUCCUGA